AUGGCAGGCAAGAAAGGAAAAAAGAAGCCUGCAGCUGCGAAAAAGUCGGGUACGACAACACCGCAAGAAGCCGAAUCCAAGGCGCCCUCUGAAGCUGGUGAUGAUGCUCGUGAAGCCGUAGGGGAGACUCCAGCGCAGACUGUUACUUCAGAUGCUGUUGCAGAUGCGCAAGGCGAUGGUGUAUCGGACAAGAGGCAAGAUUCGGACGACAUUGCUGCGGAUACGAAUGGCGACGCGGUAACAAGCGCAGGAGACAUCUCCGAGGAAAAGUCCAAUGAUGCUUCUGCUGAUGAGCUGCGGAGCAUUCCAGGAAAUCAGCCAGAUACAACGUUCACAGCAUCUAAUGGCGCCAUAUCAACAGAUGUGCGACCAGACGAGGCACUACGACAAGCUCUCGAGGCACAAACUGAGCGGUCCGAAAAGCUACAACAAGAGAAAGUCGCAGCUGAAGCGCAAUAUCGCAAUCUCCUUUCUAAAGUCUCUCAAAUGAAAGCAACGCUUGGUGCACGCAUCAAGGAAGACGCUGAAGAAUUGGCUCAAAACAAGGUCCAAAUUGAUGAGCUGAUGCAACAGAAUGCAGCGCUAUCAGAGACGGUGGCUGACUUGACCGAGCGUGUCGAGGCUUUGACUAUGGAACACGAGAGUCGUGGAAAAACCACACUCACGUUGACAGAAGCCGUUGAUUCUGAGCGUAAACGGCGUGAACAAGCUGAGGAAGCUCUCGCUGCAGCUCAUAAGGCUUAUGAGUCUGCAAAAGAACGGCAAUCUAUGCAAAUAUCAGAUUGGGAGACCAUCGCAUUAGAAGAACGUGCUGCCAGAGAUCAGCUACGUGAACGAAUUGCAGAGUUAGAGGAACAGGCUUCCAUGAGCAAUGCCGGCUAUGCGUCGCUACGGUCGGUUGCUGAACAAGACGCGAAUGCGAUACAGGCGUAUAAAAAGACAAUUCAUGAAAUGCAGGUUCAGCAUCAGACGGAAUUGCGUGAGUCCGUGGACUCUAUGCAGGCAACUGUUGACGGGCUCAAUGACGAGAAGCAAGUGCUCGUCAAGCUGACGGAACAGUUGCAGGCGCAAUCAGGCACGCUGCAAGAAGAAAUCGCUAAACUCCGACCACACGAAAGUGAAGUCAAGGAAAAGACAUUGCUGAUUGGCAAGCUCAGGCAUGAAGCAGUCAUUCUUAAUGAACAUCUCACAAAGGCAUUGCGUCUGCUCAAACGCGGCUCGAGCAAUGAUGCAGUAGACCGGCAGCUACUCUCCAACCUGAUCAUCUCCUUCUUGACCAUUCCGCGGCAAGACUCGAAACGGUUCGAGGUGCUCAAGAUUGUUGCCAAUGUCCUGUCGUGGUCUGGUGAGCAAAAAGAAAUGGCAGGCUUGCUACGACCGGGAUCUAGUGUUUCAGCUGGCUUGGCGCCUCCAGGAUCCCCUCAGUCAACACGUUCGCCAAUGUUGUCUCCCUCUGGUGCGUUUCCUGGUGGUGGCCGUCCUGGCUUUUUCGAUCGAGGCUCACGACGGAGUAGCAGCGCAGCGGGUCUCAACCAAUUACAAGCGGCAGAUUUCAUUGGCAAGGACAAUGCUAGUAUGUCGGAAUUGUGGAUCAACUUUUUGGAAAAGUCAAGUGAAGUUGAGCCAGUCUCUCGAGCAACCUCGCCUGGUGCUAUGAGAACACCAGCGGCUGAAUCACCGACACCGGCAGCUGUAGCCACGCCAUAG